ACAUUAUAUUAUAAUCAAAUUAGAGUGAAGAGCAAAAUUUAUAUUUAUAUAAAUUAAGGCAUGGGCGUGACCGCAGGAAUCAACAACAUGAUGCUCAUAAUCAAGCCAUUCCCAUUACCGGGAGUGCGGUGCAUGAGCAGUUUGGCAAGGCCGUGUAAGGGAAAAACCGCGGAAAAACAAGCGGAGGAGGGGCAGAGGACGGGGUGGUGGAUGCCGGACCCACGCACCGGAAUAUAUUUUCCGAGGGGACAAGAGCGGGUGAUGGAUGAUAUCCCAUGCGGCGCUGCUUCGCUUGAUUGUACCUUCUGGUUAAGGGCAAUUGAUGGAGUUGAUGUUGAUCAUCAUCAUAAGCAAGAUCCAUCAUCAUAUAAUUAAUACUAAUUAUCAUCCUACUAAUAACUCAUGUUUACUUAACUAAUGGAUGUCCCCACAGUUCUAAGUAGACAUGCUCUUUCUAUUUAGUUGAGAGUACAAACUGGUACUUGAUGUACAACAUCUCAUAUGAUCCUUGGUAUUAAAAUUAGUAUAUACUCCUACAUCAGAAUUCAGAUUUACUUUUUUUUUUCCUUGCAAGUUGCAAAGAACCUUAGUUUCCACGACGAAAAAGAGAUUAAGAGAGUGUAAAAUAUGAUUACAUCCAUGAUCCAUAUACUACAUUAAUAUUUAAGAAAUUGGUUUCGAAGGAAUGUAAACUCGUCGAUAAUUUCAAGGAUAAAUAUCGUAUAUAUUGCCAUUGCCAAGGUUAUUGAUCAUUUUUACUAAAAAUUUAUAAAUUCAUAUAUAAAGUGUUUGAAAUUCGAACGUUGUGGAAAAUAUAAUCGAUAUAUAUAGUUUAGGGGCCCAGUGCACCACAACUUGUUUCUUACGGCCCAAAUGGCCCAAUAUAGUGAAGUUAAGGCCCAAAGCUCUUUUUUUAAAACAUUAAAACGUCCCAAUUCUUUUUCGUUGCAAACUCAAUUCUAAAACUGUUUUCCAGAGAAUUUGGUGGCGAAAAUAGGAGAUGAGCAUUUCUAAUUUGGUAGCGGAAUCUAUUUGGCAAGAUAUUGAAGCAACUCAUUCAGUGAGCGAUGAUCAGCUAUCAACAUUGAAUUUUAUAUUCGGUAAGAAUUUUGAGAGAGCAACCAGGAUUUUUGAUCAAGGCGGAGUAAAGAGGAUUUCUGGUCAGUCCAGUGGCCGAUCCAUCUUUCAGGUUGUAGGAGAAUCGAGGAAAAAAGAGGAAUAUCUUUGCUUCCCGGAACACUAUUGUAGUUGCUAUUCAUUCUUCUAUGAUGUUAUCAACAGAGGGGAAGAGCUGUGUUGUAAGCAUCAACUAGCUGCAAGGCUAGCUGCCUCAACUCGGACAUGCGUCGACGUUAAGGUUUCCGACGAGGAACUGGCACUGCUGCUGUCCAAGCUCUAA